AUGAACGGACACACCACUGUAGUUAACACGUUCGUUGACACAGGCAGAGUCAACGUCAACUCGCAAGACAACGAUGGUCGGACACCGCUAUGGUGGUCGGUAUGGAACAUUUAUGAUCAGACGGUGGCUGCACUUGUUUUUAGAGGCAAGGCGGACGUUCAUAUUAGAGACAACAGGGGCCAGACGCCUUUGAUAUGGGCAGUCGAGAAUGGACGCAGGGACACGGUGAAGAUGAUCCUGGGACUGAGCACCGCCUCAAUCAAUACGAAAGAUCACGACGGAUGGACGGCUUUGUCUUGUGCUGCACAUGAAGGACACGAGAAGAUAGUUGAGGACCUUCUCGUUACUGGCGAGGUCGACAUUGACCCAAGCAACACAAGAAAUGACCGGAUGCCACUCUUGUGGGCAGCUGAAUGCGAACAUGAAGCUGUUGUCACGAGCCUUCUCGACACGGGAAGUUUCCCAAUCAAUUCCAAAGACAGCAAUGGUUGGACAGCCUUAUCAUGUGCGACACGAAACGGACACCUGGGCGUUGUCCAAGUACUCCUCGACACCGGCAAAGUUGACGUCAAUUCCAGAGAUAACAGCAACCAGACGCCACUUUGGUGGGCGGUGGGAAAUGGGCAUGUCGACGUCGUUCGGAUGCUCCUGGACAAGGGCAGUGCCGACGUCAGCUUGAGAGAUAACUGCGCCCGGACUCCACUGUUGCUUGCAACUGAUAUUGGAGACCGGCACAUAGUUAUGAUGCUUCUUGACAGAGACAAAACCUGUGUUGGCUCUCAAGAUGAUGAGGGCAGGACACCGCUAUUGUCAGCAGCCGCAAAUGGGCGUAUGGAUUUGGUGAAGCUGCUCCUUGACACCGAUGGGACAUAUGCCAAUUUGAGAGACAACAGCGGGCGAUCACCAUUAUCACGGGCGGCGGAAAGCGGACACAAUGAUAUAGUCAACAUUCUUCUCGAUAUGAAAUUCAAGAAUGCGGAGCUUAUAAGACUGAGGGAGUCUGAUAGAACGUAA